AUGGCUAUCGAUGUACUGCUUUGCUCAAACUUCGAAAGUUCAGCGCAACAAGGAGUACUCUAUGCGAUCGUCCACGCUGGGCAAUUCAUGCCAGAAAACGAGGCUUUCGUUUUCUACGAGGUUCCCGAAUAUGUAGUGGUGAUCGAAGAAGAAGAUGAGAUCAUUCCAGUCGAGUUCGAGUCUUGCCACAUUAUGAACGGUUCCUACUUUAUGUGUAUGGAAAGGGCUCAUGGCGAGUGCGACAUCAAUACGAUGGAUUCUUGUGAUAUCUUCGCUCAGUCCACCGCCACUAACUUCACGUUCAUCCGAUCUUUCGGUACUGGCAGGAUAGUGGCCACUAAUCAGCCGGAAGUUAACAUUACUGGUUCUAUGGUGAAGGCACCCUCUAAUAUAUUCACCCAUCACACCUCCUACGAAUUGGAGGAAACUGAAGACGACGAGUCAAAACUGGUCUCCUAUUCGAAGACGACCGCAGUUGAAAACGAGGUCUCAUUCCCCAGCAUGUCACACGCGGCCAGAGACGCUGUUCAUGCCAACCAUCAUGCCACUCGUUUAUAUCGUCUGACUGCGGAGGGCAUCCCUGUAUGCGCAACCAGGUUGCGUUUCAUUGCCUUCCAUAAAUUAGUCGAGCUAGUGGCUGAACCUGGAAAAGCAUCUGUUUGGGACGACGUUCGGGACUUCUUCCUGCAUCUCAUUUGA